AUGGCGCCUUCGACAUUCGCAGUGGCCGUGUUGAUGCUGAUGCUCCCAGCAUCGGCACGCCGGAACAAGGAUGACAGCUUCGCCAUGGAAGCCUUGAUUUCAGAAGCUCGCGAUCCAGAAAAGGAUCUUGAGUUUUGGCUCACGACCUGUGGUGCCUCGCUGGGAUAUCUCCAGCGGUUGCACGGGGUGCUCAGCAACACGAUGAACUUCGACAAGGGUGCAGCGCUUCCACUGGCGUUUGAGUACGCCAAGAAGCAGCUUGACCCAGACCAGCUCAUCGCAAUGUACACCGUUCUCAGAGACAAGCUCCGUCUCAGCGUGGAGGAGGCCCGUUCGAGAGCUCCAGAGCUUCUCGAGAAGGAUGCAUCCCCCACACAGCUCAGCGACCUCUACACAGAGAUGACGGCCGGCGCAAGCUGGCUGAGUUGGCUGGUGAAAAGUCCGAAGGAGGCCCAAGGGCUUGCAAUGGAGUCGGCUGCCGCGGGCUGUGAACCUGACAAGUUCAAGAGUGCGUACCAGGCCAAUCAUGACAAGAAGACGGCUGCGGAGGAGGCAAUUCGGGCCUCCUUCGACAUGCAAGCGUAUCGCUAUGCGGACGAUGGCAGAUACUACACGGCCUCCCAGUUCGCGGACUACUACAAGUCUGGCGGUGAUUGGGUCGCGAAGUGGACGAACAGUCCAGUGGCACAGAAGGUGGCGGAGGAUGGCAAAGCAUACUCUGCUUCGCAGUUCAAGGAGUUUUUCAAGGAAGGCUGGUUGUCCAAGUGGAACGCAGCAACGUGGGCAACGCAAAGGCGCAUUACGGAACCUGAUGGAGGGGUCUACACCUUGGACGAGUUUGCCAGCUACUUCUUUCCUGAGUCCGAGUGGAAAUGGGCCGAAUCACCGGUGGCACUCUGCAAAGAGUGCACAGCAGCCAGCCACGCCUGA